AAGGCACUGCACAAGUUAAAGUGGAGUUCCACUCAAAAGGGGAAGUUCCGCUUUAAGGAUUGGCACCUUUGGGGUGCGGGGGGGAGGGGUAGCGGGUACCCAAAUUUGACAGGUACCCGCUCCCACUUCCGGUCCGAUUGCCUAGGCGAUCGGAAGCGGAAGGUGUCCUCCCUCCCUGUAGUCUUUUGGGACAUGUGACAGGUCCCAGAAGACUACAGGACCAUUCAUGAAGCGCAGCGCUACUCGCACAUGUGCAGUGGACACCCAGCUGUGAAGUCGCAAGCAGUCACAGCCAGGUGCCCACACUGAGCAUGCCGGCCUCCUAGAAUACAGGACGGCUGGUAAAACGGGCUGCGGGGGACACACCAUGGGACCGAGGGACAGGUAAGUGGCUGUUUU